GUCUACGGAGCAAAGAGAAAGCUGCGAAGUCGGUUCACGUCAAGGAUGAUGAUGAUGUGUGUUCUUCAUCUUGCAGAGCCGCCAUUAUAGGCUCUCUGUCUGCUGUUGUGGUGAGCACCAUUUUGGUUCUCACCGGCUGUAUGAUGUGGCGGCGGCGGCGACGACGACACGCCAUUUCUCUGAAGCAUGUCAGUAGUCUCGUGUCCAUGACAGCCGUUCCCUCUGAUUACAUCGUUGAUGACAGUCGGGACAUGCGGGGACAUGUCAACAGGCAGACUUCGUCACCAGCUUCCGGUCCUUGGCCUGUCAAACUGGGGAUGGGCCAUGACGUGAUCGAGGACAAAUGGGAGUUUCCUAGGCGCAACCUAACGCUGGAGCAUGUAAUUGGAGAGGGCGAAUUUGGUCAGGUAGUCAGAGCACAGGCCCAAAUGUUGAGAGGUCAAGAGGGACAUACUGUCGUUGCCGUGAAGAUGUUGAAACCUGAUGCCUCGGGAGCAGAGUACCAAGACCUGGUCUCCGAGUUCCAGCUGCUCAAAGAGGUUGUUCAUCCCAAUGUUAUCCAGUUGCUGGGAGUGUGUACACAAAAGGGACCUCUGUAUGUGAUUGUUGAAUACUGUGAGAUGGGAUCUCUGCGGAACUUUUUACGUUCAUCCAAGUUCAAGAAUAAAAUCAGCUGGGAUGAGAAAAUGAAAAAUGGCAAUGAUUCUCAAACUGGGGCAGACAGUAAUUCUGAGGUUCGCAUUCUUACAUGCCGCGAUUUUUUCUCGUUUGCCUGGCAGAUUGCUAAGGGGAUGGAUUAUCUUUCUAGUCUGAAGAUAGUUCAUCGAGACCUUGCAGCCAGAAAUGUUUUGGUCACCGAGGGGUUAAAGUUGAAAAUUUCUGAUUUUGGGCUCAGCAGAGAUGUUUACGAGGCUGAUACUUAUCUCAAGAUGAGCAAGGGAAGAAUCCCAGUAAAGUGGAUGGCCCCUGAGUCCUUGUAUGGGCAAAUCUAUACGACUAAAAGUGAUACUUGGUCAUACGGGAUAGUUCUCUGGGAGAUAGUCACAUUAGGUAAUGUUGUGUAUUUGUCAAUGUCCCAUGUAUUUAUGGAUUACUUUGUGUGGGCACCUUGUAUUCCACCUGAGCGAUUGUUUCCCUUGCUCAGCACUGGAUACAGAAUGGAUAGACCGGAUGAGUGCCCAGAUGAACUGUAA